GCAUUUGCUCUGAACUUGAUGUGUUUGACUUUUGUAUAUCAUUUAUAAUUGCAAUUCCACAGCAAUGCAGCAGAGGGGGAGAAUAGAGCUUUUUCUUUGUGUGAAAGGCACAAGGAGUUUUGUUUCUUCUCUGCACAGAACUGAUUUUGGAUUUUUAUAUGUACUUAUAACUGAGGUGUAGGGGUGAAGUAUAUUUUUGCAAUAAUAAAAUUUGUCGUUAUGUUCCCAGAUCAUUUAUUAUCAUGGUCCAAUCAUUUUAUCAACUUGUCCUUUCCUGGUUUUUAAAACACUCUUAAUCCUCAGGUUUACUGUUAUUCCUGGGCAUAUUAAAAGCCUCCUGUUUCUCAGAUUUUGAGUGGAUGUUGUUGAGUUUUUGUUUUUCAGUGGAAUAGAAUUUUAUUGAACAUUUUGAAUAGUUUCUUUAAAUGUUUCCCACUUUAUUUAUCACAAAAGCCUCUAUCCAUUUACACAAUGUACCAUAACCAGUUUUGCCUACAUACAUGUAAAACUGGAUUUCUCUCAAGAUUCUUACCUGUGACUAAGGUAUGUCAUUUCUAAAUUUAAUUUGGCAUUUGAUUGCAUUCUCCCCACAAAACAUUCAGGGCAUUAAGAAAUGGAAAAUAACACAUAUGCGUCAUAAUGAUCAAGUGAACGCAGUGCUAAAAUGAUUAUUUUCACAGAGAAUAGCUACUUUAUUGAUCCAGCUGGAAAUAAAGAUAACUUCAGUUGAACAGAUGGGUGAUGAGAGGUGCAAUUUGCCUUAAAGUUUCUAAUAUAGUCACAUUUCUUAUGCAAUUCUUCUUAAAUGCUGUUCAAACUUCAAAGGCAAUUGGCGAAUAUAUGGUGCAUUCUGAGAAACAUUUGCAGACACCUCCCUUCAUAAAGUUAACAAAAUUUGUUCUUUGCAUGUCGGCAAAUAUUAAUGGUGAAUUUCAACAUCGUUUUGCAAAGUGCAGCUGUUGUAAUACCAUCUGUGUUUGAACAGUUUCCAUAUGUUAAUGCAAAUAGGUUAUAUUUGUAAAAAGUACAAUGCUGCUGUAAAUGUAAAAAAUAGAAAAUGUAUAUAUUCAGCAUGUCAGGCAGCAUCUAUGUGGAAAAAGGAGAUUGACCAGUACUUGCUGAAAUGCAGGACCUCAUGUACUUUCCAUUCAAAUGUUUUUCAGCAACUUCAGCCCAAAAGUGUUUGCAAUUCAAUGCAGAGAUAAUCCUUGAGUUUGAGGAAGAGGACAGUGGCCACAAAUGUGAAGAUGCUGACAUUUCCAUGUCCUGGCAACCAAUGAUCGAGAUCUGGAGCUUUUCCAGUAGUGUGAUACCGCCAUUAAAACCCAAGUGUAGUUUCUAAUUGUGUAGCUCACAACAGAGUCAUAUCAGAAAUCCCAACAACUUUCAUAGCUGGGGAUAGACAAAUUAUGGCCAAGGUUUCUUUCAAACAGUAGCAGCCUGAGCAGGUAAUCUGACGAGACACUUGUGUUUGCACAACUGAAGUGGUGGAGAAGUAGAAUUGGAUGUUAUCUGCGUGUAAAGAAAAUCUGAUUCCAUGGUGACUAUCACUAACUCAGGCAGAUGACUGACUAAAAGUCUUGAGACCAAAACCAGUUCUGCUGUGCUUCAAGUAGAGCAUCUACAUGAUCACAUGACAUUUGAUAUGGAUUUGGUCCUGUCAGACUUUGUUCGCUCCACUGGGGCAGAACCUGGUCUGGCAAGAGACCUGCUGGAAGGUAAAAACUGGGAUCUAAGUGCAGCACUGAAUGACUUCGAACAACUUCGACAAGUUCAUACUGGGAAUCUACCUUGUGUGUUCAAUGAAGGAAGCUUCUACAGGCAGCAAGACCAAGAACUGUCCGAUCAAAUGAAAACAUCUGAGCAGAGACAGGAUGAAUUUGCUCAAGAAAAACGUCUUUCCCGAGGAAUUUCUCACGCAAGUUCAGCCAUAGUGUCCCUUGCUCGAUCACAGGUAGCAAACGAAUGCACUAAUGAGCAGUUUCCUUUAGAGAUGCCCAUUUAUACAUUCCAGCUGCCUGAUUUAAAUAUGUACAGUGAAGAUUUCCGAAGCUUUAUUGAACGGGAUUUGAUUGAACAGUCAACAAUGGUAGCCUUGGAACAGGCAGGUCGACUAAAUUGGUGGUCUGUUGUUUGUUCAAGUUGCAAACGGCUUCUCCCACUAGCAACAACAGGAGAUGGAAACUGUCUCUUACAUGCAGCCUCCUUAGGUAUGUGGGGUUUCCAUGAUAGAGACCUGAUUCUUCGUAAAGCUCUUUAUACUAUGAUGAAAAGCAGCACCGAAAGAGAUGCAUUGAAGCGACGGUGGAGAUGGCAACAGACACAGCAAAAUAAGGAGUCUGGUUUGGUUUACACUGAAGAGGAAUGGGAGCGUGAGUGGAAUGAGCUUCUUAAGCUUGCUUCCAGUGAGCCUCGCACACAUUACAGUAAGAAUACAGGCAGCAGUGGUGGUGUGGAUAAUUCAGAGGAUCCUGUUUAUGAAAGUUUAGAGGAGUUCCAUGUCUUUGUUUUGGCUCAUGUAUUACGAAGACCAAUUGUUGUUGUCGCAGAUACAAUGCUAAGGGAUUCGGGAGGUGAAGCAUUUGCGCCAAUACCUUUUGGAGGGAUUUACUUACCUUUGGAAGUACCCCCUAACAGAUGUCACUGCUCACCUUUAGUCUUGGCCUAUGAUCAGGCCCAUUUCUCUGCACUGGUUUCUAUGGAACAGAAUGAUCAGCAACAGGAACAAGCUGCAAUUCCCUUGACCGACUCUGAACACAAGCUGCUACCUUUGCACUUUGCAAUGGAUCCCAAGAAAGAUUGGGAGUGGGGAAAGGAUGACAAUGACAACUCUAAGUUGGCCAAUUUAGUCCUUUCCCUGGAAGCCAAACUUCACCUACUGCAUAACUAUAUGAAUGUAUCCUGGAUCUGUAUUCCCGCUGAAACUAGGGCACCUUUGGCCCAGCCAGAAUCACCAACUGGUUCAGUAGGGGAAGAUGCCCAUUCACUGUCUGACUCCGAGUCAGACAGAGACUCCAUCUGCAGCAACUCUAAUCUGAAUGGACACAAAAACCAGAAAGAGAAAGAUAAAGGAGAUAAACAAAAGAAGGAAAAGAACAGGACAGACUCUGUUGCAAACAAACUCGGGAGUUUUAGUAAAACCCUGGGGACUAAAAUAAAGAAGAACAUGGGAGGAUUCGGAGGAUUAGUACAUGGAAGAAUCAGCAAAGGAAAUUCAAGCAAUGGGCGCAAUGGGGAGAAUGUGGAGAAAGGCAAGAAAAAAGAAUCCAAUAAAUCUAAUAAAGGGAGUAAAGAUGAGUCAUUGCAAUCAAGUUCAUCACCUACUGACAAGUCAAAUAUUACCUCUGUUAAAGUUCCAACGGAUAAACCAGCUGAUCAGUGCAAGUACAGCACUGAUGUCAAACUCAGCCUCAGCAUAUUGAGAGCUGCUAUGCAAGGAGAGAGGAAGUUCAUUUUUGCUGGACUUCUGUUGACUAGCCAUAGGCAUCAGUUUCACGAGGAAAUGAUUAAUUAUUACUUGUCUACUGCUCAGGAACGCUUCAAUGCAGAGCAGGAGCAAAAACGCAAAGAGGCAGAGAAAAAAGCUUCCAGUAACUCCACAUGUAAAAAGAUGGAACAUGAACCAUCUGAGAGAAGCAAGGUGGAACCAAAUCCUCAGGUGGACACUCUACAAGGUUCUUCUCAAAGCCAUAUGGAUUUGAUGAACUCAAAAACACAAAGAAGGAGUGGUCAAGCAACAGAGACCAAUUCACCCCUCAGAAAUGAAAUCCCUAAGACCGGCACACUCACCUCUGCCCACUUUACACACACGCCAGCUUUGUUGCGGCAUGUCAUCCAUGUGUCUGAGAUUAAACCUCCAUCAUCAAACUGCCCAAUUGACAUUCAGCCACCUGUCAUUGGCUCCCUGAAAACAUGCGCAACAUAUCCGCAGCAUAGUCACUCACUGUCUUAUCAAAAUUACUGUCCUGUGGGUCUUUCAAGAUUUCCUACUGUAGAAACCAUGGAACCUCUGAAGCAUUUGCUGCCCCCUGAACAUAAAAGCCACACAUUUACCAAUGGAUUUGGUCCAAGCGAUGUUAAUGGCUACUUGGAAUAUGCAGACGAGGGUGUUUCCUCGGUGUGGCAAAGUGGAGAGCAAACCAAAGGGCGAAUUAUGGCGGCUCCUCCCUAUUUCCUACAACAAAACCGAUGCAAACAGCACAACUGCCCCUUCUACGGCAGUCCGGAGACAGAAUUUUACUGCUCUUACUGUUACAAAGAAGAGCUUCAGCGCAGGGAAAGAGGAAACAGGUCUAUUUAACUGAAUUGUCUGAAAAAUGUCAUUCCAGUUUCUCUAUAUUAACCAAAUCCAUCACUACAAAUGUUUUGAAGAAGCAAUUUAAGUUGAGCAUCCAUUUAUAGAUCUUUAUACCAUGAAGGAAAGUCUGUUCAUUACAUUUUCAAAGUCCUUGAGUUGCACUACAGUCAGAUGUAUUCGAACGCGUUACAACUUCUGUUCGGAAUUGAUACUCCAACCCUUAAUUCUUACUUAGUAACCUGGAGUAAUGUGAGACCUUUUCAUUUUGUUACUCCAUGGACUGUUACCAAAUAUUUGAUUAUAUUUCAACAACUAUGUUUUUUUUAAAUUACGCUACAGCAAAGUAAACACCAGGAGAUAAUUUGCACAUUAGUUACCAAUGUAAAAGUGAUAUGGUGACAUAGAGCAGAAAAUAACUGUAUAUUUGUGUUUGUGAACUAGAAGAUGCAUUAUGACUGAAAUUUACAAGCAGAAGUUAAAAAUUGUAAUAUAGAAAUUAUUUUUAUAUUAUUUUCACAAAUGUGCUGCAAAAGCAAUAUUUUGCGCUUUUUAUUAAAAAAACACAUUUGCCAUUUUAAUAGAUGAUUUAAUUGCAGAAACUGUUAACUUGAAGCAUACGUUAGAGCUUUGUAAUGUGUAUUUAUAAGCUCCAGUGGACUGAAGGAGUGGCCCAGGCUUUCAUACAUUUUGAUAUUUUGUAAACAUGCAACGUUAUUUAAGAAAUGGGUUUUUCUCAAUCUUGCUCCAGUGUUUCAACAUGGCCUCAGUGUUUAUUGAGCUGUAAAAAAUCUUUUGCACCGCUUUGCAGUGGCAUUGCUUUGCUAUUUCCAACAAUAAUUCUGAAUGCGUUCUAAUCUUAUAUAUGUAUCUGUUUGUCCCACUGCAGGUAUCACAUUACAUUUUGCCACAAACUCAAAGCAAUUGUUGAAAAGAGGAAAAAGCCAGUUUUUUGGGUUCUUCUGCCCCAAACCCAGAACUUUACAGGCAGUUACACUUGCCCUGUGAUUAAAAUCAAAAAUUUACAAGCAGUUGAAACUGCCUGAAUUUUUUCACACCAACAGGGAAUAUUAGAAGUGGCCUUAAAUGGACAGAUGAGGUUAGUAUCUUAACACUGCAACAGCGCUCAAGAAGCAUGGGAUUGUCUACUAGCCUUCUUUUAAUAACAUAAGAUAGACUAGUUCUAUGCAGCUUUUAUUUUCAAUGAUGUUGCAUUUUUUGUUUUAAUAUGAAAAUAAAGCUCAUGGGAAUAUUCUCUUUAAUAAUCUUAGUACUAUGCACACAAUGACAAAAGCAAAAAUGAAGAGAUGGGGUAACUGAGCAGGUCUGGUGUAUCUUUUGAAGAGUGAAACAGUUAAUAAUGCAGUUUAGACAUCUUUUAUCUCGCUGUUUGUCUUUCCAGAGAUGCUGUCUUGCCUGUUAAGGAUUUCCAACACUUGGUUUUAAUUUCAAUUUUCCAGUAACCAUAAUAGUGGAGAAUAUAAAUAUGAGUGGAUUGCAUGUGUACCGUCAGGGAACUCUUUCUUAACUUUACUGUUAAUUUGGCUCUCCCAAUUUCAGAAAACCAGAAUGUCCCCCCCCCCCACCCAAGCCACUGGAUUCCCAAGAGCGUUGGAAAAUACUUUUAGGAAAGAGGGAAGUGAGUAGCAACUGACUCUGACUGAAUGUGGAACUCCUGUCCUUCUGGGAGAGGAAGGAAAGUAUUGAAAGCUCCCAUGGAAAUUUAAACAGAUACAUUUACCGUUAACUGUUUAAUAUUUUCUGAUUACUUUGAACUUAAGGUUGAGAAAUGAUGCAGAGAAUUUAAACUACAAGACCCUUACAAGUACUUGGCUAGUUGGGAUGAGAAAAUGCAUCAUUAUUUUUACUUGUCUGUUUUCAGAAGAAGAAACUAGUUUGCAAAUGACAAACAUUUCUGUCAGUAUUAAACCAUUUAACUUGUGGCAAAAACCAAUGAGCUCAGGAAACUUGCUAAGAUUGUUUGAAAGAUUGAACAAUGUUUUAGGUUUUGUUUAACUAUGAUUGAUUGUUCUUGGAUUAUUUUUCUUUAUAUGAUCGUCCUACGAUUAUCCAAAUGGUGAGAAGUCCUAGAAGCUCAUUUUGAAGUUUACCAAAUUUAGUGCAAAGGCCUGAUCUCUGAUAUAAAUUCUGUAUUAAAAUAAAUUAUGAUUGAGGUGAAUGUUGCCAUUAUUGGAUGAGCUAUUCAAUAGGAGAUGCCUUAUCUUGUUUGAUCAUGGUAAUCUGUAUUGUUCAAAAUGUUUAUCACCUGACUUGCACUGAAAAUUAAAACCCUUGUUAUUCUGACUUCCUCCAUUAAACUGUUUAUUUUCUACA